AUGUCACGAGAAGAAGAAAAUACAACUCUCUAUGUAGUGGGAGUUCCUGAGUGUGCAGAUGAAACAAGAAUUAGAGAAGAGUUUGGAAAAUAUGGAAAAGUUGAAAUAGUUACUAUCUUAGCAAAAAGAGAUCAGUAUAAAACACACACAGUCUUUGUUAAGUAUUCUACUUUUGAAGAAGCAAAACGCGCAAAAAAUCAGUUAAAUUGCACUAAUCCAUUUGAUAAUGGACCAACAAUGUCUGUUAAAAUUGCAGAUAAAGACCAUAAAAGAAAGGCUAGGGACGAUGAAAGAAGGAGAAGUGAAAGAGAUAGAGAAUGGGAGAGAGAGAGAAGAAGAGGUGGAAUUAAAGGUAUAGAUAGGAGAGGUAAUAUUUUUUCUAAGCGAGAAAGUAGUAGGUUUGAUAAUAGGCGUAGUGAAUAUAAUGGAUAUGAUAAAUUUCUCGAAGAAAAAGAACGAAGGUAUGCGCCAUAUCAAUAUAAUUCUGUUCUUCCUUCAUAUAAUAGCUAUUCAAUGUCAUCACAAUAUCAUCCAUAUACUCCAAUUGCAAGUGGAAUUGUUCCUCAACCUAAAAAUUAUGGAGGAGAAUAUGCAUCAACAUAUGUCCCAAGCGUUUCAUAUCAACCACAAACAAUUUAUCAACCACCUCAAACAAGUCAAGGUAAUUUAACACAACCAACACAAUACAAUUAUAACCCUUAUAAAAAAUGA